AUGUGGGUGCUUGGAAAGGUUGGCGGCGGAUUUGGAUCCGACUGGAUCUGCGACCUCUUUUAUCUCGUCACACCAAAUGAAACGAUGCACUAUAAAAUCAAACCUGAGGAUGCUAUUUUUUGUCCUCAUCGAGUUUUUUACUUUUUGGAUGACCGAAAAUAUGCCUUCCAACGACACGAUGAUCAAUCAACGGCUGCUGGCAUUCUUUCCACUUCUGAUGAG